AUGGUGCUGGUGCUGCGUUACCUGAGCGGUGCCUGCGGCGGGGUCCGCGGGGGUCUCCCCGGGGGCUUCGCUGCGGCGUGCCGGCCGGCGCCGGGGAGGCCCUGGCCGCUGUGCCAAGGUGGCCGUAGAGCCAGCACUCGCUCAUUUGAUGUAGUCAUUAUCGGUGGCGGAAUUGUGGGCCUUGCCUCUGCCAGAGCACUCAUCCUGCGACAUCCAGCACUUUCCAUUGGUGUUCUGGAAAAGGAGAAAGAUUUAGCUGUACACCAGACUGGACAUAACAGUGGUGUCAUACAUAGUGGAAUUUAUUAUAAACCUGAAUCUCUGAAAGCUAAAUUGUGUGUACAAGGUUCUGCCCUCAUCUAUGAGUAUUGUAACCAAAAGGGAAUUUCCUACAAGCAAUGUGGCAAGCUUAUAGUAGCUGUUAAACAAGAAGAAAUCCCCAGACUUCAGGCCCUAUAUGAGAGAGGCCUGCAGAAUGGUGUGCAGGGCCUGAGGCUAAUCCAACAGGAGGAUAUAAAGAAGAAGGAGCCAUAUUGUAGGGGUCUAAUGGCUAUUGAUUGCCCAUACACUGGCAUUGUGGACUAUCGGCAGGUGGCUUUGUCAUUUGCCCAGGAUUUCCAAGAAGCAGGUGGCGUUGUCAUGACCAGUUUUGAAGUAAAAGAUAUUGAAAUGGCUAAAGAAAGUCCUUCAGGAAGUAAAGAUGGAAUGAAAUAUCCAAUUGUUAUAAGGAAUCCAAAGGGAGAGGAAGUUCAGUGUCAGUACGUUGUGACAUGUGCAGGACUUUACUCGGACCGUAUUUCAGAAUUGAGUGGCUGUAAUCCUAACCCUCAAAUUGUACCAUUCCGGGGAGAUUACCUGCUCUUGAAGCCAGAAAAAUGCUAUCUUGUAAAAGGAAAUAUUUAUCCGGUCCCAGAUAGCCGGUUUCCUUUCCUAGGGGUUCACUUCACACCUAGGAUGGACGGCAGUAUUUGGCUAGGGCCCAAUGCGGUUCUUGCCUUUAAACGAGAAGGCUAUAAACCCUUUGACUUCAGUGCCAGAGAUGUUAUGGAUGAAAUUAUCAAGAGUGGCUUGAUUAAAUUGGUGUUCCAGAAUUUUUCCUAUGGAGUCAAUGAAAUGUAUAAAGCCUGUUUUCUCAGUGCAACAGUGAAGCACCUUCAAAAGUUUAUCCCUGAAAUUACUACCAGUGAUAUACUGAGAGGUCCAGCUGGAGUAAGAGCCCAAGCCCUGGAUAGAGAUGGAAAUCUGGUAGAAGAUUUUGUAUUUGAUGGAGGAGUUGGAGAUAUUGGAAAUCGCAUUCUUCAUGUGAGAAAUGCACCCUCCCCUGCAGCUACUUCUUCUCUUGCAAUUUCUGGAAUGAUUGCAGAUGAAGUGCAACAAAGAUUUAAAUUGUAAAUAAUGUAAGGAGCUAGGUAUGCAUUUUAAUUUCCAUAUUCAACAAUAAGAAUAUACUAAUUGCAUCCUUUAAUUUAAGGAAAAUGAUUUGAAAAUCUCCUUUUUAGGUAUCCUAACAACUGAAUUGUUAGAAUGCUGUAACAUAGAAAUAAUAAUUUUUUAAAGUCCAUCCCCUUUCACUUUGUGAAUAAAGAAGCAAGGUACAGUUGUAUCUGUCCUGAAUCCCUUUGUUAUUGACUUGUCCUUACCAACCAUGAUCUAGAGAUUUGGCUUUCUAGAAUUUCUGGGAAUGAUGUGACAAAAAAUUGAUUGUUCCCUUAACUUUUUGGCUUUAUGAUUUCUAAGCUUUUUAUUCUCUGCUAAAUAAGAAAAUACAGUAUAUUGGAGGUUGCAAACCUCCUUUUAGUUUUGAAGAGUCAUAAGAAAGCUCACAUUAUUUGGAGCAACAGUAUUUGUAUUUGGGAUUUUAAAAUUCUUGAUUUAAAGAAAAUAUAUGAAAUUUCACAUUUUUAAGUAGUUUGAAUAAGAUUCUAUCUAGCUAUAAUAUUUGUAAGAAAUAACUUUGCAAAAGAAACGUAAAGUCUUUAUUAUUUCCAGUCUUUUUAUAACUUAGUGUGGGAUUACCACUAAAUCCAAACAGCAGUUCACUAUGAGUGGUUCUUGCUGACUCUUUAUAGUCUUUUGUGGUUGAGAAAAGAGAAUUUAGGAUUUAGAACUGAUAGGUUUUUAUGAGAGCAGUUUUAGGAUCCUAACACUGAUAUAUAGAACUCUGUAAUUUUAAAAAUUAUUUACCUCUAUAUCUCUGUUUUUCAGUCAUACCAAGUUUCUCAAACAUUGGCCAAGAUCACUAAUUAUUCAUGCCUACUUAGUUUUCAGGGAUCCUAUGAACUUUUAUGAGGAUAUUUCUUCAUUUGGGGGAAAUAACCUAACUUUGAGGCAUUCACUUUUGUAAACCGCAAAAGUGCCUUACAUUCAUGUGUACUUCAUGAGUAUUUCAAAUUAUGGCCCAGUGCCGGUACUGUAUAUUGUAUAUAUGUGUGUGGUAUCUGUUGAAAUGAUUCUUGCAGUUCAGAAAGUUGGAAAAUAGAAAUAUAAAUGAAUUUAUGGCCGCCUCUUGAUUGGGAAAACUUUUAUUACAGAACCAUCAUGUAGGUGAAACAUUUUCAUUCAUUCCCUCAUAUAUAUGCUCUCUCAGGAUUAAUUUUCCACUCUUCUUUCUUUCCCCGUAUCUUUCCAAAUCUAUGUGAUAGAUAAGUAAGGAUGUACAUUUUGACUGAUAGGAAAAACUUCUGUUUUCUUCCUUUUCACUUCAAGCCUCAGUGAUUACAUUGUUUGAGCUACCUCAACCAUUAAUUUGAAAGGCUGUAUCACCAGCUUAUGUUCAAGAAGUAGCACAUCCCAGGUAUAGACAAGGCAAUUAUUUGACACUUGGGAUGAGCAUUCAGAAACCACUCACAGAAGAAACCAGCCCUAAUGGUUCUUCAUAACAACUGAUUCCUCCAAGAAAUGUGACACACAGGAUAUUUUUCUGUUCCAUUACAAGACUAUUAAGAGAUGGAAAAUUUUACAAUUCUCUAUUUCAUAAACAGUGAGAUUGCAUAUAUACUAAGCUGUGAAAGACUGAAGUUACAAAAAUAACUAUCCUAAUUAAAGCAACCCCUAUUCCAUUUGGGUCUAUAUUAUACCCCCAAAAAAUACAAGUGAAAAAUUAUUGAAAGUGAAUGUGUAGGUUAUUAUGUUUGUAAAACAUUUUAUAUUUAUAUUAAUUGGGUUUGUUGUGUAAUACUGAUAUUCUAUUUAAAAGUUUUGUGUACUUCUGAAAGAAGAAGAAUGUAAAUUAAUAUUAAAAUAUUUUA